AUGUCUGUAUUGGACACCGUCCUGGGGGUUAUCUUCCUUUCUCAGACUGGAGUUGGGGUCCUGGGCAACUCCUUCCUUUGCUUUUACAUCUUCACUUUGUUCAGCAGCCGCAGGGCAAGGCCGAUGCAUGUCAUUCUGGCCCAACUGACAAUGACUAAUAUCAUAGGGCUCAUCUCCAGGGGAUUCCCAGAAGGUGUUUUCUUUUUGCAGAAAGGUUACUUACUGGGAAACCUAGGCUGUAAAAUGGUCUUUUACGUCCAAAGGGUCAGCCGGGGCCUCUCCAUUGGGACCACCUUCCUCCUGAGUGCUUUUCAGGCUGUCACCGUUAGUCCCAGCAACUCUAGGUUGGCCAAAGUCAAAGUCCAGAAGCUCAUCAGGCCCUCGUGUGUCUCCUUGUGGAUAUUCAACAUGAUCCUAGAAAUAAAUGUGCCAUUAUAUGUAACUGGACCGAGGAGCCACAACAGCAGUUACACAGGUGGAUUUGAUCUCCUUUACUGCUACUGGGGAACGGUGUCACAAGGAAUUACUAUCCUGCCCUCCCUUCGAGAUAUCCUUUUUGUCGGAGGCUUGGUCUGCUCCAGCGGCUACAUAGUCUUUCUGCUGGACAGGCAUCAUCAGAGAGUCCAGUACAUUCACAGCGAGAGCCUCUCCUCAGGGACAUCUCCAGAGCUCAAGGCCACUGAAACGGUGCUGAUGCUGGUGAGCAUCUUUGUUUGUGCUUACUGCAUCAGCUGUGGCAUCACGCUCUACAAAGUGUACGUGACUCACUCUGGCGUCUGGGUGAUGAUUGUGGCUACCUUUGCUGCACUGUGUUUUCCAACCAUCAGCCCCUUUUUGCUGAUUCACAGGCUAAUAUGA